UUGGAUGAGAUUUUAUACAGAAGAGUUAAAAUAUAUUUAAAUGGAGCAGGGACUUACAGGGAUAGACAAGUAAGUCCCUUUCAUUGUCAGUUAAGGGUCCAGGUUACAAACGAGUAAUAACCGAUCAGACUGACGAGCGCCCGCGCGCAGCGCCUCCUGCAGACGCGGCCUGGCAGCCUUCAGUUAACGCUGACAGCUGUUCAACACCACCCAGCUAGGGGCGGGAAAGUCCUCCCACUUCUGCCAGAUUUUGCACACAACACAGUAGAAAGGGCACUCUUACGGCUCCCAGUCUUUUUCUCCCCUAAUCGCCUGCGAUUUUAGGGCUCUUCGGGGAGUAUGCCUGCGAGAUUUAAGAGGUUUUUUUCCUCUUUCUCUUUUGAAGAAGUGAUAGAAAGCAUUUAAAUUAGCGGCAGGGCGGUUAACACCCGCAGCCCAGGCCUCCCUACACGCCUCGUCGCUCGUCCGUGUUCACUCCAUGCCUGGCUUCGGGUAGGAGCCGCACAGCACCAACGGUCGCCGGGUCGCAACGGCUCCGAGGCGGCGCGCAGCGGGCGUUGAGUGCACGGCCUCGCCGGACCGCUCCGAGUUCAGAGGGCGCAGGGCGGGAGGCGAGGCCCAGCCGCGGGCGGCUUUUGACGAGCGGCCCUCACAGCCAAUGGGAAGCCCGGUCGACUUUCCCGCCCCUGCCAAUAGGGAGCAGGACCCGGGCCGGGGGGGCGCUUCCCGCAGGCUGCAGCUGGAUUCGAUCCUGCGCGACGGACGCGAAGGCGGGGGUGGAGGCUCGGCAGGGGCUGCGGGGAGCGGCUUAUGGGAGGAGGGAAGACCGGAAGCCACGGUCGCGUCCCCAUCCUUAGAUUCGCUCCCUCGGGCAGGAGCGGAGACGGAGGAGAAGGGAGAGGCUGAAUGUUGGCUCGGUAAUAGAGGGGAGCGGCCGCUCCGGAGCCUUGUCCCAGGGCGCCCCUCUUAGUCACUCCGGGCUCCUCAGCCGCCAGGCUCCUGGCCGUGCAGUCCCCGCGGACAGCCGGGCCGCGGAGACCCUCGCUGAAGAGGCGCUGCUGGCGGCGAGGACUGCCUGGCGGCAUCCGAGGCGCGCUCCCCACCGCCACCCCCACCCGCCUGCCCGCCGGUCCCUCCGGCCGCCGCCAUGUCCUCCUCCUCUUCCUCCCCCAGGGAGACGUACGAGGAGGACCGGGAGUACGAGAGCCAGGCCAAGCGUCUCAAGACCGAGGAGGGGGAGAUCGACUACUCGGCCGAGGAAGGCGAGAACCGCCGGGAAGCGACGCCCCGGGGCGGGGGCGAUGGCGGCGGCGGCGGCCGGAGCUUCUCCCAGCCGGAGGCAGGUGGAAGUCAUCAUAAAGUUUCUGUUUCACCCGUCGUCCAUGUUCGAGGACUCUGUGAAUCUGUGGUGGAAGCAGACCUUGUGGAAGCACUGGAAAAAUUUGGGACAAUAUGCUAUGUGAUGAUGAUGCCAUUUAAACGACAGGCUCUAGUGGAAUUUGAAAACAUAGACAGUGCCAAAGAAUGUGUGACAUUUGCUGCAGAUGAACCUGUGUACAUUGCUGGUCAACAGGCUUUUUUCAACUAUUCUACAAGCAAAAGGAUCACUCGGCCAGGAAAUACUGAUGAUCCAUCAGGAGGCAACAAAGUUCUUCUGCUCUCAAUUCAGAAUCCACUUUAUCCAAUUACAGUGGAUGUUUUAUAUACUGUAUGCAACCCUGUCGGAAAAGUGCAACGUAUUGUUAUAUUCAAGAGAAAUGGGAUACAAGCAAUGGUUGAGUUUGAAUCAGUCCUUUGUGCCCAGAAAGCUAAAGCAGCACUCAAUGGAGCCGAUAUAUAUGCUGGAUGUUGCACACUAAAAAUUGAAUAUGCACGGCCAACUCGUCUAAAUGUUAUUAGGAAUGACAAUGACAGUUGGGACUACACUAAACCAUAUUUGGGAAGACGAGAUAGAGGAAAGGGUCGCCAGAGACAAGCCAUUUUGGGAGAACACCCUUCUUCGUUUAGACAUGAUGGCUAUGGAUCCCAUGGUCCAUUAUUGCCUUUACCAAGUCGUUACAGAAUGGGCUCUCGAGAUACACCUGAGCUUGUUGCUUAUCCAUUACCACAGGCUUCUUCCUCUUACAUGCAUGGAGGAAAUCCCUCUGGUUCAGUUGUAAUGGUUAGUGGAUUACAUCAACUAAAAAUGAAUUGUUCAAGAGUCUUCAACCUAUUCUGCUUAUACGGAAAUAUUGAGAAGGUAAAAUUUAUGAAGACCAUUCCUGGUACAGCACUGGUAGAAAUGGGUGAUGAGUAUGCUGUAGAAAGAGCUGUCACACACCUUAAUAAUGUCAAAUUAUUUGGGAAAAGACUUAAUGUUUGCGUGUCUAAACAGCAUUCAGUUGUUCCAAGUCAAAUAUUUGAGCUGGAGGAUGGUACGAGUAGCUACAAAGAUUUUGCAAUGAGCAAAAAUAAUCGCUUUACAAGUGCUGGCCAAGCAUCUAAGAAUAUAAUCCAGCCACCCUCCUGUGUUUUGCAUUAUUAUAAUGUUCCAUUGUGUGUCACAGAAGAGACCUUCACAAAGUUGUGUAAUGACCAUGAAGUUCUUACCUUCAUCAAAUAUAAAGUGUUUGAUGCGAAACCUUCAGCCAAAACACUUUCUGGGCUAUUAGAAUGGGAGUGCAAAACUGAUGCAGUAGAAGCCCUUACGGCACUGAAUCACUAUCAGAUAAGAGUCCCAAGUAAGUAAAAUGCUUUAUUUGUGUCAGAAUUAUUUAGUGGGAGUUACCUUCACAGAAACAUUCACAGUAAUAUAAAAAUAAAACUUAAUAGGUUUCUUUAAAAAUACAG